UGGCCGUUGAUGGGUUUUCGAGGGUUGCUACUUGGUUACUCGAUGUCCAGCUAGUCGUCGUGAGCUCCUGAAGUUGCGUGCGCAAAAACGGUGUCCAAGUACCAGCGACGAUAUCUACAGUCUCCAUUCCUUUGGCUGUUUCUCGACGCGUCCCUUCCUUAACCAUCUUGUUUCCAGACCAACUCGGCUCGGCCUACAGUAGCAAUACCGUACGCCGCUUGUUGUCUGCUUUUCAAGUCCGAACCGACAUGUCAUAGACGAACAUAGGGAUUGCUGGUCACCCUCAAUUGCAUUUUAAAAGCGACACGACAUCAUACACCUACAAGAUCAACAACAAUAGAAAGCGGGCCGUCAUGAGCAACGAAACACUCGCCGAGACGCCCCUCUCGCCCACCUUCUCACACCACCCACACCACGCACAAACAGACUCUCUGGUCAGCGUACCACUCACAGACUCAGUGCUGAGUUCACCACUCGAGGAAUCCACCCCUAGACAUGGUGGACACGACGACGAUGAGCACAUGGCUGCUCUCCUCGCCCGUCUCGAGAUGGAAAACAACGCCCUCGCCAUCGAUCCCAAAGCUGGUAUCGCUACCAUCAACGUCUCCAACCACGAUCGCAACGCCUCCCUUGGUGGCGCCUCGCUGUUCAGUCUACACAUUCCCAAGGAGGCCCUCGGCAUGAGUCUCGGUGACUUCUGGGCCUUUGUCACUCGCGACUACGAAGAGGCUUUGGCUUCUAUGCCUACAAUGACGCCCAUCAUGAUACACAAAGGAGUGCCCGACUUCUUGAGGCCUGUUGUUUGGGGAGGCAUUGCCGGUGCACGCGAAGAAAGACUAUACUCGGAAUUCGACCGUCUACUCGCCCAGAUCGAGAGCGAACCACCAACCUCGGACACUAUCAUUGACAAGGAUAUUGGCCGCUGCUUCCCAAAUCACCCUCUCUUCGCCCAGGCUGGCGGCGAGGGUCAGACCAUGCUCGGUCAGGUCUUGAAGUGUUACAAUUUGUACGACUCGGAGAUCGGUUACUGCCAGGGAAUGGGCUUCAUCGUUGGCAUUCUGCUCAUGAAGAUGGACGCGAGAGAUGCCUUCUGUGUUUUCGUCAGACUUAUGGAAACCCAUGGACUCCGCGACUCUUACUCACAUUCAUUGACUGGACUCCACUCACGUAUCUUCCAGUUCCAGCAACUGCUGACUCCUCUAGCUCCCAAGCUUGUUGCCCACUUUAAGAACUUGGGUGUCGAAUUCGCAUACCUUUCACAAUGGUUCAUGACCAUAUUUGCCACAACAUGUCCUCUGGAUACUCUCUUCCGAAUUUACGAUGUUGUUCUUGCCGAAGGCGCUAAUGAGACUGUCAUGCGUGUCGCCUUGGCCUUGAUCCUCAAGAACGAACAAAAAUUACUGGCAAUGGCCGAGUUGGAGGACGUGUUGCAGCUGCUUCUUUCUCGUGGUAUCUGGGAGCCCUAUGAGAACAACCCGGAUCAACUCAUCGAGGAAGUCACAACCCUCUUUAAACAGGUCGUCACUCGCGAGGCUCUAGACAAGCUUGGAAAGCAGUUCCUCAAGCAGGCCGAGAGAGGCUCUGCAGACAGGACUGUUCGCGCUCUGGGCUUUACCAGUACUUAUGGAAACGCAUUUAGACUAUUCGAUUUCUGGUCCAAGAGCGACUCUCUGUCGCCAGCUGCACCUCUUCGCCGCAAAGCGUCUGGACAAUCUCUUUCGACUCUCAACUCGAUUUCUGGAAGUGGAGCCAGUAUGAUCAGCACCGACAGCUAUGCUAGCACCGCCCCGACUGAGAUGGACGACUUUGAGAGAGACAGCGCUACUCCUACAAAGCCCCAUAGAUCAUUCAUCUCACAAGACAGAAACUUGCACGAACAGGUCGAAGGUCUCUUGAUGGCACUCAGCGAAGUCCAGCGCGAGGCAGCUCAGACUGCUGCGAACCUUCAACGUGAGGAAGCGAGAAGAAUCAGAGCCCAGGAGAUUGUUGGAGAUUUGCUCGAGCUGUUCCGGGAGAAGAAGACAGUUGAUGCAUACCGCAGACAGCGACGAACAACUCUUCCCUCCAGAAUCGACCACGAGAAAACUCGCGAAGAGAUGACUGUGCUGAAGAGACAAUCCAACUUUGUCAGAUCAGUAACGCAGAGCAUUAUCGCUGGAAACACUCCUGGUCAUGACGCCGAUGCUGGAUUGCAUUCUUCUCUACUCAAGCUUUGUGCUCUCUUUGACGCCGAAGCAUCGCUAGACUCUGACAGUGGUUCCGAAAAUGGUGAUACAGCACCAGCACAAGCACCUGCCGCCAGCGAGUACACAGUCAAAUUGGAAGCUGAAUUGGUCAAAUUGCGCCAACGUGUAGCUAAGGACCGCACGCAUCGCCAUAUGAGACGAACACUAGAUCUUAAGGAUGCCAGACUAUCUCUCAAGGCCGGCGAAACACCUUCCGCCGAGUCCAUCAGAGUUCGUCGAUCUCUUUACCGCCGACACGAGAACAAGGCCUCUCGCGAUCUCUCUGGUUCCUUCCCUGAUAUCACAAUCUCCGUUCCUCGCGUACGACCUCAUCAACCUCUACCCUCCCCCCGAUCCGCUACUCAACAACACCGCCCUGGUCCUCCUCUCCGCAUGAUUAGAUCACAAGAUGGCACGGAAAUCAUGGCCAAGCCUCAGAGAUUUGGUUUCAAACGCAAGACGACUGAUGACAGUCUCGAUCGCGAAACAUCCGGCUCCGUCACUCCAACCACAAGCACUGCAUUGAUACCUAAACGUAACUCCUCCCUGACAUCCCAAACUAUUCUCUCCACACCCUCACACGCACCGCCCUCUGAUGAGACUCUACUGGUCGAACUCGUAGCAGCCAAGACCCGCGAGGCGACCGCUAUCCACGAGAACGAGCUUUUGCAAAUUUCUCUGGACAAGACACGUCGACAGAUGGAGCAACAAAAAGAGGAAAUGCAAGCAAAGAUUGACGCCAUGGAGGCAAUGAUGCUCGCACAGAUGGAAGCACAUGAGAACGAAAUGGAGAGGUUGAAGAUGAUGGUACAGAGGCCUGACACGCCUAGUUCGAUGGGUAUGCAGACGGGUCCAAACACACCGGAGAUGCUGGCGCCUGUUGCCCAAGGAGGUGCUGGUAAAGCUGGACCUUGGGGUUGGUUCGGGAAGGGACGAAGUGUCAGCCAUUCGCCUACUAUGUGAGAUAGAAGAUUGAAGGAGGAUUUAUUAUCAAGGACGGCUAUGUACGACUGGCUCCAUUCUGUAGCAGGCGAUGCUUUUUCUUCUUUUUUGCUGGUCUAAUGUCUAUGAAAGAGAAAUGUAUAAAUCAAGAUUGUAGCUUUGCAGAGCAUUUCUUUGAACCCCCCUGUAUUUUUGAAAAUCGUCGUGCAUUCU